AAUCGGUCAGCACCGACGGCACUGAAGUGCUUGCUUGUUCGUACACAACAGUGAACAGGUUUCGGUGGAAUAAUGGCAGACGAGGAAGUUCAGGCCCUUGUUGUGGACAAUGGUUCGGGUAUGUGCAAGGCCGGUUUCGCUGGUGAUGACGCACCACGUGCUGUCUUCCCGUCAAUUGUUGGACGACCACGUCACCAAGGCGUCAUGGUCGGUAUGGGACAAAAGGAUAGCUACGUUGGUGAUGAAGCCCAGUCCAAACGAGGUAUCCUCACCCUCAAAUACCCAAUCGAACACGGCAUCGUGACCAACUGGGAUGAUAUGGAGAAGAUCUGGCAUCACACUUUCUACAAUGAGUUGCGAGUCGCGCCCGAAGAACACCCCGUUCUGCUCACCGAAGCCCCGUUGAAUCCGAAGGCCAAUCGAGAGAAGAUGACACAGAUCAUGUUCGAAACAUUCAACUCACCAGCCAUGUAUGUGGGCAUCCAGGCUGUGCUGUCCCUGUACGCGUCGGGUCGUACGACCGGUAUCGUGCUGGACUCUGGUGACGGUGUCACACACGCAGUCCCAAUCUAUGAGGGUUACGCGCUUCCUCACGCCAUCCUCCGUCUGGAUCUGGCUGGUCGUGAUCUGACUGACUACCUGAUGAAAAUCCUGACCGAGCGUGGUUACAGUUUCACGACAACGGCCGAGCGAGAAAUCGUGCGUGAUAUCAAGGAGAAGUUGUGCUACGUGGCUCUGGACUUCGAGCAGGAGAUGGCGACCGCGGCAUCGAGCUCCUCACUGGAGAAGAGCUACGAACUGCCCGAUGGUCAGGUGAUCACGAUUGGUAACGAGCGGUUCCGUUGUCCCGAGGCUCUGUUCCAACCGAGCUUCUUGGGUAUGGAAUCUGCCGGUAUCCAUGAGAGCACGUUCAACUCGAUCAUGAAGUGCGAUGUGGAUAUCCGCAAGGAUUUGUACGCGAACACCGUGCUGUCUGGUGGUACGACCAUGUUCCCUGGUAUUGCGGAUCGUAUGCAGAAGGAGAUCACUGCGUUGGCUCCGAGUACGAUGAAGAUCAAGAUCGUUGCCCCACCGGAGCGUAAAUACUCGGUUUGGAUUGGUGGUUCGAUCUUGGCUUCGUUGUCCACGUUCCAACAGAUGUGGAUCUCGAAACAGGAAUACGACGAGUCUGGUCCAGGUAUCGUGCACCGCAAAUGCUUCU